UCUGGGAGUUUGAGGGAGUUUGAAGACAGUACUUAACGUUAUCAGAUAAUUAAUUAGACACCCCAUAAGCCCGGAAAUCAAUUAAUUCACAAAUCAAUAAAUCCAUAGUCUGGUGUAACAAGAGAGCUUCCAGACUUUUAGCCCGGCUGUUAAGCAACAAUAACAAGAAGAGCAACAACACGCAGGGGCCACACAUUUAUUUGUAACGGAUUGAUGAUGGAUGGGGGUCUAGGGGAGAUGUCCCUCCACUCGGAUCUGGGUCAGGACGGCAGGGCCAUGCUCCACUCGCGGGACCUCUCGGCUGCUUUCCCCCGGCCCUCCCUCGGGGGCCCCUCCAUGUCUCUGGAGCCCGAGCCCCGUCCCCCAGGCUUCGAUCACUCCAUGUCGGCUCUGGGAUACAGCGGCGACUCCCCGUCCAGCUCCGGCAGCACCUACACCACGCUGACCCCCCUGCAGCCCUUCGACGACAAGUUCCACCACCAUCACCACCACCACCACCCCUGCCUGCCGGUGAGCAACGUCAUCGGGAGCUUCACCCUCAUGCGUGAGGAUCGGGGCCUCGGCACCAACUUCUACAACCCCUAUGGCAAAGAUCUGGCCAUGUCCCAGACCCUGUCCCAGACCCUGUCCCCCCCCACCACGGGAUCAGGUUUGGGCUCCUCCAUGCACGGGUACGGAAGUUUAGGCAACAGCCCCAAUGGAAACGGCGGGCAGAUGCUCCACGCCGGGUACGACGUCCACGGGGGAAGCCUCUUCUGCCGGACGUCAGAUUUCGGGCGUGAGAUGUCGCCGCCGGGCCUUGGCGGAGGCGACGUGUCGGUGGGGCAUCAGCUGAACAAGAUGGAGGCUCACCAGCACGCCCAGAGCCACCACCCGCACAUCUACAGCCAGCACUACCAGCCCCACCACCACCCGAGCCAGCAGCAGGCCUCCAAGAUGGGCGAACACCUUCUCUCCACGUCCUCGGCCCUGUCCUCGCCCAACGAGAGCAUGAUGGGGGGUUCGCAGGGUGGAGGAGGCGGAGAGGAGAUCAACACCCGGGACGUGGCUCAGAGGAUCAUCACCGAGCUGAAGAGGUACAGCAUCCCCCAGGCCAUCUUCGCCGAGAGGGUCCUGUGUCGGUCACAGGGCACGCUGUCCGACCUCCUGAGGAACCCCAAGCCCUGGGGCAAGCUGAAGUCCGGCCGCGAGACCUUUAAGAGGAUGUCCCGCUGGCUGCAGGAGCCCGAGUUUCAAAGGAUGGCUUCACUUCGGCUGGAGGCCUGCAAGAGGAAGGAGCAGGAACAGAGCAAGCUGGAGCGAAACCAGGGCCCGAAACGCACCAGACUGGUUUUCACGGACCUGCAGCGGCGCACCCUGUUGGCCAUCUUCAGGGAGAACCACCGGCCCACCAAAGAGCUGCAGAUCACCAUCUCCCAGCAGCUGGGCCUGGAGCUGACCACCGUCAGCAACUUCUUCAUGAACGCCCGGCGACGCAACGUCAACAAGUGGGCCGAAGAGGGCCGCCCCUCCUCCACGGGUUCCUCGGGCUCCAGCGUUUCCUCCUCCGCGGUUUCCUGCAGCACGGCAUGA